AGACGGCUAUUGCUGUCAAUUCGGAACAUAACAAUAGGACUGGACUCGCGGCUUCGGUCAAAGAGUGUUGCUCGAAGCGUGCGUUCGAGGCCACAGACAAAGAGGAGUUCGAUCGAAUGCGAUCAUGGCCGCCAUUGCGACAAAGCUCUUUGUCUAUGCUGCCCGGCGUCGAUGCUAUAUAUAUGUGAUGUGUAAAGCCAUGAUGCCGCACACACAGAGCAACACGCCGAUUCGCGUGAUGCUCUCAGAUCGGAAAGACGACCAGCUUCGGGAACGGCAAUGGCAGCGCAAUUACCGCUAUGGCUAGACCACAUUAGCUUCGACGAGCUGCGCGCCGGGGGAUACAUAGACCUGGACCAGCCCUUCCGCGAUGAACUCUCCGCCAGCGAGAUCCAUCCACUAUUCGGGCCAAGCCAAUGGAUUAAUAUCGAUCAGCAAUCGCUUGACCUGCUGGAGCCGACGUUCAAGCUGGCGUCGAAGUUGCUGGCGCACCCGCGCAUCCUGCUCUUCUGGCACGCGCUUAUGAACAACCGUCGCUUUAUCCGGAGUCGGCGUCUGGCUGGCAUGUUCGGCAGGAAGUGCGAGCGCUUCGACCCCAAGCCCGAGCCGCUCAGUGCCCAGGAGUCCAACAAGGUCCUGGAAGCGUUGGAAGGCCUGUGCCAUGGCCAUCGCUUUAUGUUCGUUGCGGAGGCGGAGUUACCGGGUGCGGAUGCGACCACGGACCGCUCUGGACUUUUUACACUUCCUGGCGUCCCUGUUAUACAGCCACAGGGAGGGUACCAAGUGAGACACGCGUCAACAUCUCGGAUCAGCGCGCGCUACCUUGAGACCCUUCAGCGCUACGACCAUGCCAGCAGUUACGCUUCCCCAAGGCCAGGAACGGUGCCCAGCCCGGACGACCUGCCCACUACGGCGUCGAUUCUGCGGACCUGUUUCCACCUCGCCAAGACGUUGGUUCACGAGUUGUGCCACGCGAUCAAUUGGGCGUUUACGCACUAUGAUGAGCGGUCCAGGGUGCCCGAGAUUCGAAUCAAGAUUGAGCCGUUCUUCAUGGACCAGAUACGCUGCGAGGUGGGACGGGCGUGGGAGUCUUUCGUCUUCGGGGGGCAGGUUGACGGAAUCGGAGAUGGGCUGGGCAUGCAGUACGGCAUCAGCGUGAGCAAGUGGCCGCAUCCAUUUUGCGACGAGGGCCAAGCGCGGGCGCCGAUCCGAAGCCCAUUCCGGACAAGCUACGCCAUUCCCAUGGCGUGGGUGCAGCGGCUAUGGACAGCAGGCUUCUGGCAGGACGUCGAAAGGUACGGGUUGCAGGAGCUGCGGCCGGCGAAGCUUCUGGGGCUGCGGCGAACAGUAACGGCGGGGCCCGUGGCGGUGCUGCUGAGCGACGAGGCUGAGCAGUGGCUGGAGUGCUUCAGUGACGACGAAGCCAACUCUGAGCUCAGCAACGCGGCGCGGGCGGCAUUGGUGCAGCGGUGCAUGCAGGCCCAGGUCAACGAGCUGGUUGGCGCGGGCGAUGCGGACAGCUCAGACAGCAGCGUGCUGCGGUAUGCGGACGCGCAGGGCGUGGUGCGCGACUGACUGUGAAUGAUCACGGCUCACGGCAGACGCGGAUCAAAGCGUGACGAUCAUGACGCGGAUCUCGUUACAUCGGGUGCGGAGAACCUUGAAAGAGCGCGGCCACGUGACGCAGGUCGGAUGGGCUGACACGAGGGUGCAAUUUGGGGGCUUCGGAGAGUGAUGGAGAAAGUCGGGAGCGGUGCCAACUGGCGGGCAGACAUGACGUCCCAAGAAUAGGCAGUCACCCUAGACCCCGGGCUGUUGUGGCGGCAGGAGCCCACGGUGCCCCUUGCGACUGCCAAUUCAAUUCCUGAAUCCUGGGGCGGCCUGGCGGGUUCAG